AUGGCAUCCACCAACUCCACUGCAGAGGGCAUUGCCCGUACGGCCUCCUCAGCCUCGUACAUCCUCAAGGCAGUUGCUGGUUCGGAGCGUAAUGCUGCACUGACGGCGGUUUAUGAGCACCUCCAGGCCGCAAAGGAUGAAAUAAUCGAAGCCAACAGAAAGGAUAUGGCGGCGGCGGAGGAGCAAGCAGUCGCCGGGAAACUGAGUAGGAGUAUGAUUAAAAGAUUGGACUUGAGCAAGCCAGGGAAAUGGGAGGACAUGUUGCAGGGAAUUCUGGAUGUACGGGAUUUGGAGGAUCCAGUUGGAAAGGUUACUUUAGCUACUAAAUUGGACAAUGGACUCGACCUUUAUAGGGUUACGUCCCCAAUUGGUGUGUUACUUGUCAUCUUCGAAGCCAGACCGGAAGUCAUCGCAAACAUCACCGCUUUGGCAUUAAAGAGUGGUAAUGCGGCUAUAUUAAAGGGCGGGAAAGAAAGCACGCAGUCUUUCGCUGCCAUUGCUCGAGUAGUUUCCUCUGCACUUGGAACCACCUCAAUUCCUCCAGGUGCAAUCCAAUUAGUCGAAACCCGAGAGGAUAAUAACACCAAAAUCCCGGUAAUGGGACAUGCGGACGGCCUCUGUGCUGUUUAUAUCCACGAAGAUGCCGACGAAGAAAAGGCUGUCAAAGUUGUAUUGGACUCAAAAACAGAUUAUCCCGCAGCUUGCAACGCCGUAGAAACACUGCUUGUCCAUGAAUCGAUCUCUAACACUGUACUCCCGAAGAUUGCCUCGGCUCUUCUCCAGGCCGGCGUUUCUCUCCGCUGUGACCUGGCCUCAAGAAAAGCUCUAGAAUCCUCCGGUCUUCCGACUGCAAUGAAGGCUAUUAUCCAGGAUGCCACACCACAAGAUUACCAUACGGAAUUUCUUGAUUUGACCAUCGCGGUGAAGGUUGUUUCAUCUUUGGAGGAAGCCAUCGUUCACAUUAAUACUCACAGCUCAGGACACACUGAUGGUAUCCUGACCGAGUCAGAGGAGGUUGCGGAAAGGUUCAUGAAUGUUGUUGAUUCCGCUGGAGUAUUCUGGAAUGCCAGUACAAGAUUUGCGGAUGGGUUUCGUUAUGGGUUUGGGACAGAAGUCGGGAUUUCAACAAACAAGAUCCAUGCUAGAGGACCUGUAGGCCUGGAGGGAUUAAUGAUUUACAAGUACAAACUCCGGGGAAAUGGCCAAGGCGCCGGAGAUUAUGGGAGCGGGAAGAAGCAGUAUUUGCAUCAGAAAAUUGAAUGA